AUGCCUUCCACAAAUGGAACCACAACGCCCAGCAGCAGAUCAGGCUUUGAAGUCCUUGACUUGCACACGUCACAUUCCGGCGAGUUUCAUACGGAAGAUGUUGCGAUUGUAGGCCUAUCAUGUCGUACUGCUGGCGGAAACAACACACCUGAGAAGCUUUGGGAGUUCCUCCUACAGAAAAAGAAUGCUGCUGGCGAGGUGCCUCCGCAACGAUGGGAACCAUGGCGGCGACGGGACCAUCGCAAUGCCAAGCUCCUAGACAAUAUUAUUCGCAAAGGAUACUUCCUGGACAAUCUCGAAGACUUUGAUGCAGCCUUCUUCGGCAUCUCUCCUAAGGAGGCCGAGCUUAUGGACCCGCAUCAACGCUUGGGUCUGGAGCUGGCUUUGGAGGCGUUGGAAAAUGCCGGUGUUGAUCCCAAAAAGCUCACUGGGAGUGACACAGCUGUGUAUAUGGGUGUCGACUCGGAUGAUUACUCCCGCAUGCUGAUGGAAGAUCUUCCGACGAUUGAGGCUUGGAGUGGUAUCGGUACUGCCUACCAUGGCAUUCCGAACAGGAUCUCAUACCAUCUAGGCUUGCAAGGUCCCAGCACAGCAGUCGAUGCAGCUUGUGCAAGCUCACUUGUCGCCAUUCACCUUGCUCGCCAAGCCAUCGUGUCUGGCGAGAGCACUGUCGCCAUUUGUGGUGGCGUCAACGUCAUAUGCGCACCUGGACUUACGCAUAUGCUUCAAAAGGCCGGCGCUUUGACUACAGAAGGUGUAUGUAAGUCGUUCGACGACGCAGCGUGUGGAUAUGCACGUGGAGAAGGCGGAGCAGUUGUUGUGCUGAAGCGUCUCAAUGCAGCUAUCGAAGAUAACGACAACAUCCUUGCCAUCUUGAAGAGCUCUGCUUCCGCUCAAGAUGGUAAAACCAACGGCAUUAUGGCACCGAACUCGGAGGCACAAGAGCUUGUCGCUAGGCAGGCCCUGAUGCGAGCUGGUAACGUCGACCCACACACGAUCGACUACGUUGAAGCUCAUGCGACUUCGACGUCUCUAGGAGACCCUACUGAGAUUAGUGCGAUUGCCCGAGUCUAUGGUAUAGGGCGCUCGUCCGUUUCUCCCUGCUACAUCGGAUCCAUUAAGCCCAACAUCGGCCAUCUCGAGGCUGCAGCUGGCGCAAUCGGCUUCGUCAAGGCAGUGCUCAGUGUACAAAAAGGCCUCAUCGCCCCACAAGCAUUACUGAAUAAGCUCAACACCAAAGUCGACUGGGCGAACAGUGGUCUGGAAGUUGCCAGGGAGCAGAGAGCGUGGCCUCAGCGCGACGUACGGAGAGCAGCAGUGUGCUGCUACGGCUACGGUGGCUCUGUGUGUCACGCAAUCCUUGAACAAGCGCCAGUAAGAGCAGAAAGCGAUUUCACAGCAAGCGAGAAAUCGCCGGUGAUUCUCACGUUAUCGGCCAUGCAAGAAAAACGCUUACCUGCCAUCGCUGCUUCUUUGGCACAUUGGCUUACUGCAGACGGCUCGUCUGAAGAUCUGCAUGCUGUUGCACGAACGCUGUCUCAGCGCCGUGCUGCGUACGACUAUCGGGCUACAUUUGUGGUGUCUGACCACAAUGAUGCUGUCUGCACUUUGACCGAAUUUGCGAAGGGCAGGCCAGACCAAUGGACUACAAUCAGUCGCAUCUCCGACCCUGCAGCUAGUAAGGGCGCGGUCUGGAUCUUCUCCGGACACGGUGCACAGUGGCCAGACAUGGGAAAGGAGCUCCUGCACGUCCCUGCCUUCCACAACGCUAUCUCCUUGCUGGAGCCUGUCUUCCAGAGAGAAGCGGGGUUCUCUGUCAUCGGCGCAUUCCAGGCCUGCGAUCUGGGUGGCUCAGCAAGGGUUCAGAUUCUCACCUAUACCAUCCAAAUCGGUCUCACGGCAUUGCUCAAGUCGCGAGGUGUCGCGCCACAAGCCAUCAUUGGCCAUUCUGUUGGCGAGAUCGCAGCCGCUGUUGCUGCUGGCUGCCUGACCGAGGAAGAAGGCGCAAUCAUUGUCUCACGACGAGCGAAGUUAUACGCAACGAUGCAAGGCCAAGGGUCAAUGGCUUUAGUCACGCUGCCAUUCGAGAGUGUUGCACAGCAUCUGCUAGGAAGGAGUGACAUUGUUGCUGCAAUCAGGUCCUCGCCAUCAACCUGUGUCGUCAGUGGCCGCACUGAGGCUGUUGAAAGGUACGUCAAGCGCCUCGAGAAGGAGGGUGUCAAGCUUUGUAGAGUCGAAACCGACAUCGGGUUCCAUUCGCCUAUGCUUGACCAGCUCGCAUCCGCACUACAGAAAGGAAUAGGUCAAGACAUCAGGCCUCAACCUGCAAUCACACCAAUUUAUUCGACUUCGGCUGCUGAUCCCCGGACAACAUCGCUGCGCGGCAUUGAGUAUUGGACCAAGAACAUGGUGGACCCUGUGUGGCUGGUCGAUGCUGUCGAAGCUGCAGUCGAUGAUGGCUUCCGUAUCUUUAUGGAAAUCUCUACUCAUCCUAUCGUUUCCAAUUCCAUUUCCGAGACACUGUCUGCUCGUUCGAUCGAAGAUCCGGCAGCAUUCGGUAUCAUGGCCAAGGGCUGUUCAGCCGAACGCAGCAUUCUGAAGGCCAUCUCUGAACUCCACACGUUGGGUACGAAUGUCGACUUCAAUGCCUUAAUUGGAGCAGGACCGUGGUCGACUCAGGUGCCAAACACACCAUGGGUACACAAGCCGUACUGGAAGACCAUCUCCAUGGGCUCAGGUACCGCCUUCCAGCAGCAUAGUGUUGACACGCACACUGUGCUUGGCGGCAUCAUCGAAAUUGCCGGUAGUAAGAUGAAGGUGUGGACUACAAUGCUUGACGACUCUACCAAGCCCUAUCCCUUGACGCAUCCACUCGACGGUACCGAGAUUAUCCCCGCUGCCGUGUACUGUAACACAUUCCAGAAAGCCACUAGAGCCACAAUUCUGGAAGCUCUUGAGUUACGCGUACCCACGCCGAUGGCCUCCGACGUGCGUGAGCUUCAGGUUGUUCUCGAUGGAAAUGAGAUCCGCAUGGCUUCUCGCCUUAAGCGCGACGCUGUGGGAGACGAUGGCAUCGAACAUGGCUGGAUCGAGCACAGCUCAGCGAAAGGACUGAAAAUCGACAUGAAGCCCUUCCAACAGACCCUUUCGAUCUCAGACAUUCAGUCUCGCAUUGGCGCUCAGCUUCCAAAUAGCUUUGCUUGGGACUACUUGCAAAGUAUUGGCGUCUCCGGCAUUGCAUUCCCAUGGGCCGUACUCGAACACUUCGGCAACGACAAGGAGAUGCUUGUUAAAAUGGACAUGGACCCUGAUUCUCAGACACUGCCAUGGGACUCAACCAGCUGGGCGCCUUUUCUCGACGCUGCUACAUCCGUUGGGUCGUCCAUCUUCUUCAAGAACGUACGUAUACGCAUCGUCAGCGGUAUCGAUCAGGUGAUGUUCGUGUCUUGUGGCGCACCACCCAAGAUCGGCUAUUUGUUCAUCGAGGAAGCUUCUGAGGGUGAGAAUUUAAAGGCUGACAUCAGCAUACUAAGUGUGGAUGGUGUGCUCCUUACUAAGAUCAAGGGCAUGAGAUUCUCUGACGUUGAUGUUGUGGGCGACAAGAGAAAAUGCGUCGACUCGCUGGUUCACCGUUUGGCUUGGAUACCACCCAAAUUCUCCGAAACGCCAUUGCCCAUGAGUAACGUCGUUGUCGUGGCCGAGGACAAUCAAGCCGUAGACAAUUAUGUAAACGCUUUGGAGAUGACGACAAGAGUGGUCCUGGUACCUUCCUCUGAGCACCUGAAAGACCUUGAUGUAAUGGAUGUCUUACAAGGUAGCCACGUAGUCGUCUUCUACUUGCCUGGCUUGGUUGAGGCUGCAGAGGACAUCUCCAAGAAAGCUCAUGCUUUCACCUGCGAGACAGCCAAUAUCCUCAGCAUACUUGCAGAUAUGCCCAGAAUUCCAAAGCUGUUCGUCAUCACUGACAGUGCUUACAAAGGCCAGUCACCCACUUGUCUGGCACAGUAUUCACUCUACGGUUUUGCCCGAGUUGCAGCAUCAGAGUAUCCAGAUGUAUGGGGUGGCCUCAUUGACAACGAAGGGCCAGCUUUCCCUCUCCUACCUGUCAGAUAUGUCAAGGAUCAGAGUGUUGUACGCGUUCAGGAUGGCUUGCCUCGUGUGGCUCGCUUGCGCCCAUUCCCCAAAGAUCAGCAACGUGGGGACCCAUCCUGGAGUUUACUGCCACAGCCGCACGGAACAUAUAUCGUUACAGGAGGAUUCGGCGAUCUUGGCCUGGAAGUACUAGAAUUUCUUGUCGAGAAGGGAGCACGCAGAAUUGUGGUCAUAUCGCGACGUCCACUCCCGCCUCGGAAGGACUGGCCGUAUACCUCCGGCUCCAUGGCAGCAGCUGUCAAGCGAAUCACCAAGCUCGAAAACCUGGGCGCAACCAUUCACGCCGUUCCUCUCGACAUCGGCUCCCCCGGCGCAGCCGCCGACCUGUCCAUCGCCCUCGACCGCCUCUCCCUCCCACCAGUCCUCGGCAUCGUCCACGCCGCCGCCGUCUCAGGCUAUGGCUACAUCAAAGACAACACGGCCAGCUCAUACGCCUCCGUCAUGGCACCAAAGAUCCAAGGCGCACUCAACCUGCACACCCUCUUCCCUGCAGGCACACUCGACUUCUUCAUUCUCUUCUCCUCUAUCGGCCAGAUCAUCGGCACACCAGGCCAAUCCGCAUACGCGACAUCCAACGCGUUUCUUGACGGCUUGGCCACGCAUCGGCGUGCGCAGGGUUGCAAUGCUAUCGCCAUCCAGUGGACAGCGUGGCGCGCGCUGGGUUUGGCACGCGACACAGUGCUUGUGGGUCUGGAGCUGAGUAGUAAGGGCAUUAUGGAUAUUACGGUGCAAGAGGGGUUCCAGGCAUGGAUGUAUCUUGACGUUAUGGAAACUGCUCACGCGGUCGUUACGAAGAUGAGGGUACUGGAGCAUGAUGAGGUGGUGCCGUGUGAACUUAUACAAGAUGUGGUGCAGAGGAGGGCGGCAACUGCAGUGACAGCUGAAAGUGUGGCAACUGCUGCGGUGGUGGUGGCAAAGCCGAGGGCGGGCCCUGAGCUUAAGGCACAUCUCAGCGCUGAGAUUAAGAGUUGUCUUUCGCGUGUGUUGUACUCAGAUGUUGAAGAGAUCGACGACCGGGCGGCGAUCGCAGAUCUGGGUGUCGACUCAGUCAUGAGUGUUGCACUGAGGCAGCAGCUUCAGAAGGCGAUGGGCAUCACUGUGCCGCCGACGCUGACAUGGAACCAUCCUACUGUUGGACAUCUGGUGGGAUGGUUCUAUGCAAAGAUGGAGGAGAAGAAAUGA